UCCAAACAAAGCUCAAACUCACCAAUUAACUCCUUUUACCUUAGCUUCCAAGUUCUAAGCAUUAUUGGUGUACUCUUUCUUAUACUUUCUCUCAUUUCUUCUCUCUCUAUCUCUCAAAAAUUCCUCUGUUUUCUCUCUGUUUUUCCUCCUCCUUUUUUAAGGCCUUGUUUGUUUGUUUUUAUAAAAUGGGUAGAGCACCUUGUUGUGACAAAGCAAAUGUUAAAAGAGGACCUUGGUCUCCUGAAGAAGAUGCCACUUUGAAGAAUUACCUUCACAAACAUGGCACUGGUGGUAACUGGAUUUCUCUCCCUCAAAGAGCUGGUCUAAAGAGGUGUGGAAAGAGUUGCAGAUUAAGGUGGCUUAAUUAUCUAAGGCCAGACAUUAAACAUGGUUCUUUCACCGAGGAAGAAGAUAACAUCAUCAUCUCUUUAUUUUACAAAAUGGGUAGCAGGUGGUCAGUGAUAGCUGCCAAUCUACCAGGAAGGACAGAUAAUGAUGUGAAGAAUCACUGGAAUACUAAGCUCAAGAAGAAACUCUUUGCUGGAAGCAACAAUAUUAACAAAUUCAACCCUUCUAGUAUCCCAAAAAUUGAUGUCUCUUUCACUUAUAAUCAUAAUCAUAAUCAUAUUAAUAAUAAUAAUAAUAAUAAUAAUAAUAAUAAUAAUGUUUUCAAUAAUAAUAAUCCCAGUAUUUUUCAAGCUAAUCCAUCUUCUUCAAAUCCUACUCCUUCACCCUCACCUUCCCCUACACCUAGCUACAUUGACAAUACUAAUCAUAAUUUUAAUCAUCAUCAUCAAUCAUAUGUCCCAAUCACUAGCUUUUCAUCUUUGUUGGCUCAAUGUAGUACAACUACUACUUCUCCUAUGUCAAUGAUGCCUAAUUUUGCUUCCCUAUCAAAUAUGGAUCAUUCAAUUGAGUUCAUCCAAUCGAGUCCAUCAAGGUACUCGCUUCACCAAUCGAGUCCUACCGGCCUCGUGGUUCAAGAGAAUGUGGCCCCUCCGGAGGAAGUAUCUAGUGUCUCGGCGGGAUCUUCAUCGGCUAUGUAUGGAUCGAGUCUCGAAGAUGACCCGUUUUUUGCGGAGUUAGGGUUCGGGUUGAUCCAAGAAGUGAUGAUGAACCCUAAUUGUAGUACUUAUGGUGAUCAAGAAGAUAUUAAGCCUCAAGGACUUGGUCAAAGUGUGGCUAAUUGAUUAUUAUGACUUAUUAGAGAGAUCAAUCAAUUAGGCUUCUCUUAAGUUUGCUUGUUUAUUGUUGAUUAAUUACUACUAGUGGAGUAUAUUUUAGUGAUUUAGUAGUAGUCAGUAAUGCUAGCUACACCCCUCAUUUGGUUGUACUUGUUCAUAGAAGGGGACAAUGUAAUGUGAAUCAAACUGAAUUGAUUAACCAAAAAAAAAAAGUAUUAUAUGAAUUUACUAAUAUAA